UCGACGACUCUCACAAUAGAGACAAUAGAGAUUAGAGAGAGAGAGAGAGAGGAGCUUCCGCUAAUGGCGACAGCGUCGGACGUGUGGUUUACUCCGGCGGCGGCGCUCGGCGGAGCCCGCCGCGCCGCCGCGGCGUCCUCCUCCGCGCCACGCCGCCUCCAAUUGGGACGACGACGACAAGGAGGAAGAGGAGGAGGCGGCGCCGCCGCCGCACAACCCCUCGCAGGACUCCAAACCCGGAGCUUUCGCCUACUAAGACCCGCUUUGGUAAAAAGCGGAGAGGCUGAGGGAAACCCUAGCACUGAGGGCACGAUAUUAGAUGAACAAACCCUGAAGCGCGAUUUGGAGAUCGCUGUCGAGGAAGAAGACUACGUCCGUGCCGCGAAGCUGAGGGACGAGCUCCGCCUCCUCCACGAGGACAGCAAAGCUUCGGUCCUCGCGGCGAAUUCGCGAUUCUACCAUGCUUUCAAGAACGGAGAUUUAGCCGCGAUGCAUUCCGUCUGGGCAAAAGGCGAUCACGUCUGUGUUGUACAUCCGGGGGCCGGAAGGAUAUCCGGCUAUGAGUUGGUUAUGGAGAGUUGGGAGUUAGUUUGCGGUUCUGAUUACGAGUUCCCUCUUCAGAUUGAUUUAAAGAAUGUCGAGGUUCAUGUGAGAGGCGAUACUGGUUACGUUACUUGCAUGGAGGUGGUUAAGACCAAAGGAAGCAGUUGGGGGAAGCAGGUAGCGACAAAUGUGUUCGAGCGGGUCGACGGGCAGUGGUUUAUAUGUAUUCACCAUGCCUCGCAUAUGGAUGAGUGAAUGUGGGUCGUCCGCCGAUUGCAUCAAAUUUUCUUAUGAUGUUGAGGUAGCUAUAUGAUUUGUCUCGGAUUUAACUUGCUUAUUAAAUCGAGAACAUCUAAGGUUGUCUCUUGCUAUCCUUCUGUGUAUGUUUCUUCUUCUUUUUUUGUAAUAUUUUGAUCAACCUGAGUUCUCCGAUAUAGAGUGGGUCACUACAUAUUAUUUGGUUGUGAAUGGUUGAAUUCAUUUUGGAAUGGAUUUUCGUU